AUGGAGAGACAUCUGAACCAGGACAUCUUCCUGUGCCCAGAGAAAGUAAUGAGCCAGCAGUCCAGCAGGCUGUCCCAGGCCAUCAAGGGCUCAAGGGGUCGCUCUGCUGUCGUGGCAUCCAGCCAGGGCUGUAUCAGCCCCACCAGGUCCCACUCAGCCUCGCGCUCUGGGGGAGGCAGUGCCUCCACAGCCUGUGCCAUGAUAGGGGGUGCCUUUGGCAGCCAGAGCAUAGGAAGCCUGUGUGGGGCUGGAGGAAGGGGCAAUGGAGACAGAUGUGGUUUUGGAGGUAUUCCUGGUGGAUCAGGGGGCCUUGGGGAUUCAGGGGGCUUUCCAUUCAGCAUCCAGGAGGUGAUCAUCAACCAGAGCCUCCUUCAGCCCCUGAACAUGGGAAUCGACCCUCUAGAUCAGGAGGGUGAAGACCAAGAGAAGGAGCAAAUCAAGAUGUUCAAUGACAAGUUUGCUUCAUUCGCCGACAAGGUGUGGUUCCUGGAGCAGCAGAACAGGGUACUGGAGACUAAGUGGUGCCUCCUGCAGGAGCAGUCGGCCACCUCCAAGGCCAGCACCAAUGACCUGAAGCCCUUCUUUGAGUCCUACACCAGCUGCCUGCGAGCCCACCUUGACAGGCUGCUGAGUGAACGGCAUCAGCUGGAUGGAGCACAACAGAGCACGAUGCAGACUCUUGUGGAGGAAUAUGAGAGGAAGUACGUGGAUGAGUUUAACAAGUGCUCAGAGGCUGAGAAUGAGUUCAUGGUUCUGAAGAAGAUGAGCAGUGGAUACUUCCUGCACACCAAAGUGGACUUGGAAAUAAAAAUGGAGAGUCUGACCAGUGACGUCAACUUCUUGAAAGCCCUCUUUGAAGCGGAGUACAACCAGGUGCUGUCAGAAUCCAGUGAUAUGUCUGUUAUCCUGUCCAUGGACAACAACUGGCAUCUGGACCUGGACAGCAUCAUCAGCGAGGUCAAGGCCCAGUAUGAGGAGAUCACCCAGGGGAGCAAGGCAGAGGCUAAGAGGCUGUACCGGGUCAAGCUUGGGAGGCUGCAGACUAUAGCCAGCUGGUAUGGCGUUGACUUGAGGAGCACCAAGAAUGAGAUUGCAGAGCUCAAAAGGAUGGUCCAGAGGCUGUGGGCAAAGAUUGAGGGCACCAAGAAGCAGGCAGAAUACCAGCCUUAUCUCUUGUGUGACUACCAGGAGCUGAUGAACGUCAAAUUGGCAUUGGAUGUGGAGAUUGCCACCUACCAGAAGAUGCUGGGUGGUGAGGAGUGCAGAUAA